GAUUAUAUUUUGAUCACAUGAAUAAUGGCGACUGCGGCAAGGAUGUUGUGUGGGUUUUAUUUGUUGUUUAUCCUCUCUUUUCUUUUACAACAAACUGAUGCCGAAUAUCAACCUAACUGGGAAUCUUUAGAUAAAAGAAUUCUUCCUUCAUGGUACGACGAAGCGAAGUUUGGUAUAUUUCUUCACUGGGGCGUUUUCUCCGUACCGAGCUAUGGUUCCGAGUGGUUUUGGUGGUACUGGAAAGGAAGUAAAACCCCUUAUUAUGUUGAUUUUAUGAACAAGAAUUAUCCUCCUGACUUUACUUAUCCAGAUUUUGCGCCGAAAUUUACCACGGAAUUUUUCAAUGCUAAAGAAUGGGCAAACUUAUUUGAAGCUGCUGGAGCCAAAUAUGUAGUACUAACAAGCAAACAUCAUGAAGGUUUCACAAAUUGGCCAUCAAAAGUGUCAUGGAAUUGGAAUUCAAUGGCUGUUGGACCUCACAGAGAUCUUGUAGGUGAAUUAGCUGUAGCUAUCAAAGAGACUUCCAUUCAUUUUGGCUUAUACCAUUCAUUAUUAGAAUGGUUUCAUCCACUCUAUUUGCAAGAUAAAGCUUCCAACUUUACAACACAUGAAUUUGCUAAGACAAAAGCUAUACCAGAGCUUUAUGAAAUUGUUAAGCAAUACAAACCAGAAGUGAUUUGGUCUGAUGGUGACUGGGAAUGUGAUGAUACUUAUUGGAAUUCAACACAAUUCCUGGCUUGGUUAUAUAAUGAAAGUCCUGUGAAAGACACAGUAUGUGUGAAUGACCGAUGGGGUAAAAAUGUUCGAUGCAAACAUGGUGGAUUUCUCAACUGUAAUGACAGAUACAAUCCAGGUGUUCUUGUAAAGAAGAAGUGGGAAAAUGCCAUGACAAUCGACCGAUAUUCUUGGGGUUACAGACGCAACUUAAGGCUUCAAGAUUUACUGACAGUUGAUAAAUUGAUUGCUGAACUUGCUGAAACUGUCAGUUGUGGUGGCAAUUUGCUUGUAAAUGUUGGACCAACUCAUGAUGGCCGUAUUUCACCAAUCUUUGAGGAACGUUUGUUACAAUUUGGACAAUGGUUAAAGCUCAAUGGUGAGGCAAUCUACUCUUCCAAACCUUGGCUUCACCAAAAUGAUACAAUUACUCCAAGAGUAUGGUAUACAUCCAAUAAAGCCAGCAAUGGUACAGCUGUCUAUGCUAUUGUCUUAGACAGACCAAAAGGAAACCUCAUCCAUCUUGGAUCAGUUGACUACUUGCCAUCUAUCAGUGUCUCUUUACUGGGCUAUAGUGGAAAUAUUGUAAUCAAAGAGACGACAUUUGGUAUCCUGUUAAUGAUUCCAAAUAUUCAAAUUAAUCAAAUGCCAAGCAAAAGAGCUUGGGUAUUUAAAUUCAUGGGAGCUAAAUUUUAAAGAAGAUUGAAUUACAUUCCUUAAGCUAACCGUGUAUUAUACAAAUAAACAUGUAUGUGUGCCUUACAUAAUGAAUGUAUGUGUGUGUACACACACAUGUGUGUAUAAAUGUACAUGUAUAUAAGGCGGUGAGCUGGCAGAAAUUUUAGCACACUGGGCAAAAUGCUUAGUGGUAUUUCAUCUGUCUUUACGUUCUGAGUUCAAAUUCCGCCAAGGUCAACUUUACCUUUCAUCCUUUCGGGGUUGAUAAAUUAAGUACCAGUUGCAUACUAGUGUCAAUCUAAUCAACUGGCCCCCCUCCCUCAAAAUUUCGAGCCUUGUGCCUAGAGCAGAAAAGAAUAUAUAUGUAUAUGCAAAUAUAAACAAAUCUUAAUAAUGGAAAGAUACAUUGUUGGCAAAUUAUUUUGUAAGUUAACUACUUAACUGAUUAAAUGUAACAAAAAAUUUUUGCAAACUUUUUAACUUCUGUAUAUAUAUAAAUAUAAAUAUAUGAUGAACAUUUUUUUGUGUUCAGCUAAACUUCAUCUUGUCUUAGGUUUUAUAUAUAAAUAUAAUAUAUAUACAUAGGAUGAAAAUCAAGGAUGACCUAAGCAGAAUGGGAAUUCAGAACAUAAAGAGCUGGAAGGAAUGCUUCCAACACUUUAAUGAAUCUGCCAGCUAAGUGGUGGUUGUAGUAGUAGUAAUAUCUAACAUAGGCAUCAGGAGAUAAUUUUAAGGGAAGCAGGUGUAGAAUUUUGAACUCAAAACAUACAGGAUCAUAAGUAAAUACUACAAGGUUAUUAUUAGUUUGGCACUCUAUCAAUUCUGUUACUCUUGCCUGGGAUAACUCUUCAGUAUUAUUUCUAAAACAAAAAAAGAAUUACCUGCUGUAUAAAUUCCUUAUCAAUUAAAUAUUCUUUUCUACUCUUGGUACAAGGCCUGAAAUUUUUUGUGAGUGGAGCAGGGGGAGUUGAUUAGAUUGCCCCUAGUACACAACUGGUACUUAAUUUAUCGACCCCGAAAGGAUGAAAGGCAAUGUCAACCUCGGCAGAAAUUGCACUCAGAAUGUAAAGACAGACAAAAUACCGCUAAGCAUUUCACCCGGUGUGCUAAUGUUUCUGCCAGCUCACUGCCUUCUUAUCAAUUAAAUAUUAUUUUGAAAGUAA